AUGUUGGCGAUAUCGAGCGCCCCGCGUAUCGACGCGAAGAAGCGUGCCGUCAAUCACAAAAAGGCCCAGUUUCAGACGGCCAACUUCGCGGAGCAGGAUUAUGCCCAUCGCAUGAACUUCUAUGUUAUACCACCAACUGGAGAUGUGACGCUGGAGCAAUUUGAAGAGUGGGGAAUCGCACGACUGAAAGUGCUCGCUGAACUGGAGUCGUGCCAGUUUCGCAACCGCACGCCUGCAGAAACGGAAGAGUACAUGCGGCCCAUCCUCGACAAGCAUCUGCCCCUCUCAAGUAACAGCUCUCGCAACACCGACAUUCCCAUGCAACGUAAACGGGACCACUACAGCCACUGGACGCUUCGUCUCGCCUUCUCCAGCACUCAAGACCUACGACAAAGGUUCGCCCGACUCGAGACACAGCUGUUCAAGCUGCGCAUCCAGCAGGAUGACCUACGAGAACGAAGAUCAUUCAUCGAAUCAUUACCCAUGUCGUGGGAGACUGUUGGCGAGGAAGAGAAAGCACAACUGCUCGAUCAACUGAAGGCCGCCACGGGCUUUUUCAACAAGACCGAUGAAGAGAGCUGGUUUAAAUGCGAGUGGGAGAACGUGCCAGAGCUGGUCGAGAGACGGCAGGUGUUGCUGAAGAGGGGCAAAGCAUAUGUCCAUGUCAGAGAGCAGAUGAGUAUGGUUGUCAGUGAGUUCUCGCGACAGCUGGAGUCAGGUCUGGAGCUUGCGGCACGAUUCUUGCCUCGGAUGGACGAAGACAAUAGACUGGCCCCCAUUCUCCAUCACCUGUCGCAAUCCUUUGUGGCACCUGAUGCGGGUUAUUCAGAAGACUCGAGCUUGGGCGACAUUACGAACGUGACCGCGGCAUCCAUCGAUUCGUACAGCCAGCAUUUCCCUCUAUGCAUGCAGAAUCUUCAUCGAGAACUGAAGAAGAACAGCCAUUUGAAGCAUUUCUCGCGCCUACAAUAUACCCUGUUCUUGAAAGGCUUAGGCUUGAACUUGCAAGAGUGCAUUCUCUUCUGGAGGAGGAGCUUCAAGCUCAUUACAGAUGACAAAUUCAAAUCCGAAUACCUUUACAACAUUCGUCACGCUUACGGUGAUGUCGGUGGUGAUGCAAAUAAACGCGGGCGUGGCUACACACCCUACAGUUGCCAGAAACUGCUCACCGAGCCACUGCCCGCCAGUGGCCAGAAUAAUGGUUGCCCUUAUCGUACCUACAGUCCCGACAACUUGAUCACGUUGUUGCAAAAUGUGGGCGUGAACGACAAGGAACUCCUGAAGGGUGUUCGAGAAGACGUCGGCAGACAAAGGUAUCACAUUGCGUGCAACAGGGUCUUCGAAGCGGCGCACAAGAAUGAGCUCAAGAAGGUGAAGGACGAAAAUCUGUGGCCUGCCAGCGAAUUGGACACAAUCUUGCACCCCAACACCUACUUCAAACGUAGCUUCCAGCUGAAGAACCUCGGCAAGAUACAGAAAGGCGAUAUUGGUAUGGACGGGCCGACGCCAUCGUCGGCAGAAUGAUGAUCAAUGCGGAAGUAUCCUUGAUCUGAUAAAGUGUCCGAAGCGUCGUCAUCAAGACCUUCGACAGCGCCAAAAUGCAUUGCACGAAUGACUCCAGACGAUUCACUUUGGUGACGAUGUCUGAACAGAACGAGCAGGAAUUCAGUGAACGACAGGAAACGACGACAUAUGUUGCUCCUGCCUUUUCAGUACGAGGCCGAGAGCGUUACGUGUUUUGAGAGACGGAACCCUGACGGAGUCGCAGCGAUCGACACGCCCACACGACACGGCGGAAACCAAAGCUGCCAAUUAGGAGCUCCGUUCAGACGCAGCUAGUCUGGUAUGAUCCGAGAUCUGCACACGCAAGACCGAGGCCGAGGAACAAGCUCCUUCGUCAAGGCUUGACUUCGAGGCUUGCAGUGCUUCUCAUUGCUUAGCGCCUUCGACCAUGCACCAAGGUGCCGUCUCUCAGCACGUCUUCACCGUGCUGAGUAGAAGUUGCGGAUGAGGUUCUACGAUCGGCGCACCCAGCUUCCUCCCAUUGGACCAUGCCCGCUUCAAUGGCUUGUGCAUUUGACACUUGUGCGAUCGAUUGAACCGCCACGCACAAGACGACUGCACGAUUGACGUAUAGAGGAGGAGUAGUGGCGCAAGAGAGAGCCCAAAGUAUAUAGCAGUCAAUGCCAGGUAUGCCUUCGACACA